AUGAGAUUAAGGCGAGCGGCCCGUGUCAUUCUGGUCGGCGCACCCGGCGUUGGAAAAGGCACCCAGUCCGAAAGGCUCCUACACCGCUUUCCGCAGCUGCAAUGCAUCAGCUCUGGUGACCUUUUGCGAAACAAUGUCAAGAACAGGACUGCGCUUGGCAUACAAGUCGAGAGCACCCUCAAGGCCGGUGGUCUCGUCUCCGACAGCCUCAUCUUGCGCCUGAUCAACAACGAGCUGAGCAAGCGAGGAUGGCUCGGCCAGCCGCAGGUCAUGACGCUGAACUCCUCGGCAGUCGGGGCCGAAGGCGAGGCAUAUAGCAACGAGAACGAGAUGGCCGCCUUUUUGUCCGCACCACCCAAGAGCUUCGCUGCCCGCCCCUCAGAAGACCCAUCGGCCUCUUUUCUGUUGGAUGGGUUCCCACGGACGGCAGCGCAGGCCGAUCAGCUCGACGCAAUGGUCCCCGUCAACCUUGCAGUGUCCAUCAAGACCCCGUUCGACGUGAUACUGGAGCGUAUCUCGGGGCGGUGGGUGCAUGAGCCCUCGGGACGAGUGUACAACACUACAUUCAAUGCGCCAAAGGUGCCCGGGCGCGAUGACAUCACAGGCGAGCCGCUGGUGAAGAGGGCCGAUGAUGACGAGGAGACGUACCGGAAUCGAUUUCGCAAGUUCCAGGAGACGAGCGAGCCGUUGCUGGAACAUUACGCCCGUCAGGGAGUGCUUAUAGAGGUCGAGGGCUUGAGCAGUGACGAGAUCAGCCCAAAGCUGUUCAAGGAGUUCGAGAACCGCUUUUGCGAGUAA